CGCUUUUGCAGUGGUUGGGUAGUUGUGAGUUUGAAAUGCCUGAGCCGGCUAAGUCUGCUCCUGCCCCCAAGAAGGGCUCCAAGAAGGCGGUCACCAAGACCCAGAAGAAGGGCGACAAGAAGCGCAAGAAGAGCCGCAAGGAGAGCUACUCGAUCUACGUGUACAAGGUGCUGAAGCAGGUGCACCCCGACACGGGCAUCUCGUCCAAGGCCAUGGGCAUCAUGAACUCGUUCGUCAACGACAUCUUCGAGCGCAUCGCCGGCGAGGCGUCGCGCCUGGCGCACUACAACAAGCGCUCGACCAUCACGUCGCGGGAGAUCCAGACGGCCGUGCGGCUGCUGCUGCCCGGCGAGCUGGCCAAGCACGCGGUCUCCGAGGGCACCAAGGCGGUCACCAAGUACACCAGCUCCAAGUGAGACUCCAUUCCCUUCCCUCUUCCUCCCCUAAGUCUUUGUCUUGUUUGCACCCUUCCCGUUCAUCACAUCCCAAUCAAUACCUCUCCGUUCGGGUUUUAAGAGUUCAUGCAAACCGAAGGGACAAGAGUGCUUUUUUACAUCUCACAUUGCUGACAGAGACUCGUAUCUGUUUUAUUGAUCAUUUAAACUCCAUCAACGGUGCUUUAGCUGCAAUAUCGACAUCAGCCUCUUGAGGGUGCCUCAGUCCCAACUGUUACAGUUGAAGCGAGGUGUGUCCGCGGUGCAUGAGUGUAAAAGAAUUUUCUUAUUUUACACUUUCCAAUAAACUGUCACUAUAGACCAA